AUGAUCGCCAAGACUCUGGAAGCAGAUAACCGUACCUCAACAACACAUUUUAUUCUUCUGGGAUUUCCAACAAGACCAACCUUCCAGUUUGUCCUCUUCUUUGUUUUCCUAGCCACAUACCUGUUGACACUGCUAGAGAACUUUCUUAUCAUCCUUGCCAUCCGCAGUGAUGGACAGUUGCACAAGCCCAUGUAUUUCUUUCUGAGCCACCUCUCUUUCCUGGAGAUGUGGUAUGUCACAGUCAUCAGUCCCAAGAUGCCAGUAGUCUUCCUUAGCCAUAACAAGAGCAUUUCGUUCAAUGGUUGUGUGACUCAACUUUAUUUCUUUGUGACCUGUGUCUGCACCGAGUACAUACUUCUAGCUGUCAUGGCCUUUGACCACUACGUAGCCAUUUGUAACCCACUCCGCUACCCUGUCAUUAUGACUGAUCAACUUUGUGGUGCACUGGCUGGGGGGUGCUGGUUCUGUGGACUCAUGACUGCCAUGAUUAAGAUGGUUUUCAUAGCCCAACUCCGCUACUGUGGUACACCUCAUAUCAAUCACUACUUUUGUGAUAUCUCUCCACUCCUCAAUGUCUCUUGUGAGGACUCCACACAGGCUGAGCUGGUGGACUUCUUUUUGGCCCUCCUGGUAAUUGUUGUCCCCCUUUGUGUGGUGGUGACAUCUUAUGUCACCAUUCUCACCACAAUCCUCAAGAUUCCUUCUGCUCAGGGCCGCCAAAAGGCAUUCUCCACCUGUGCCUCUCACCUGACAGUUGUAACUCUCUUCUAUUCCACAACCCUUUUUACCUAUGCCCGUCCCAAGCUCAUGUAUGCCUACAAUUCUAACAAAGUGGUAUCUGUUCUCUACACUGUGACUGUUCCACUUUUAAACCCCAUGACUUAUUGUCUAAGGAACCAUGAAGUAAAGGCAGCCCUCAAAAAGACCUUACUGUGCAAUGGAAGUGGGCACAGGGAAGAUGGGGAUUUCAGUAGUUAA